AGUGCUGAAGCGUGUGUGUGUGUUCGCUUGUGUUGUAUUUGAAUCAUUUGUGCAUUUGUUUUUAUUCAGCAUAAGCCCAAUAACAUUACACAAACACUCAACACUCAAACAUUCAACACUCAAACACACACACGCUUAACGACAAUAGAAUGUUUGAAGAUGCGCAUGCGCGGCCGCAGAUUGCUACCAAUUGCCAUCGCGCUAAUCGUAAUCAUAAUAUUGUGUAUCAGCUAUAUGGCGACUCCGCCCACUUCUCCGCCUCAUCCGCUGCGUGAGAGCCGAGAUGAGUUUCUGGUGCAUCUGCCCCCGACGAGUGACGAAGACACACAACCAACAACAGCUCAACACAACGCACAAAUGGCAGCAAAACAGCAAAGCGCAACUCAAUCUGAAGUGCAAAUGGGAGUGGGAGCUGCACUGAAACCUGGUCCGCUGCUGAACCUGACAAGUUUUGACUAUCUACUCGCCAGCGAUGUGUGUCGACGCGCUGAGCGGGAGCUGCUCGCUAUACUCAUUGUGACGUCGUAUGCGGGACACGAUGCACUGCGCGCCGCCCACCGUCAGGCGAUAGCGCAAAGCAAGCUGGCUGAGAUGGGGCUGCAGCGGGUCUUCCUGCUGGCUGCGCUGCCGGCGCGCGAACAUUUCAUCAGCCAGGCGCAGCUGGUCAGCGAACAGGCGCGAUUCGGGGAUCUGCUGCAGGGCAACUUUAUCGAGGACUAUCGCAAUCUGAGCUACAAGCAUGCGAUGGGUCUGCGCUGGGCAUCGGGCGAGUGCCAGCAGCGUGCCAAGUUCAUCAUUAAAAUGGACGAUGACAUCAUCUACGAUAUAUUCCAUUUGCGACGCUAUUUGGAGUCGCUGGAGCUCAGCCAGCCAGCGCUGACCAGCAGCAGCACGUUGCUGGCGGGAUUUGUGCUGGACGCCAAGCCGCCCAUUCGGCUGCAGGCCAACAAGUGGUUCGUCACACGCCAGGAAUACGCGCACGCACUCUAUCCGGCCUACCUGUCCGGCUGGCUGUAUAUUACCAAUGUGCCAACCGCCGCACGCCUUGUGGCGGAGGCGGAGCGUGUGCCCAUCUUCUGGAUAGACGACACCUGGCUAACGGGAAUUGUGCGAACGCGCCUCGGCAUACCGCUGCAGCGGCACAACAAUUGGUACUCGGCCAAUGCCGAGUUUCUCGACUGUUGUGUGCGCGACCUCAAGUCCCAUGGCUACGAGUGCGAAUACUUCGCUGGGCCGAAUGGGGGCGAUGCCAAGCUGCUGGUCGAGUUUCUGCACAACGUGGAGAAGUGUUACUUUGACGAGUGCAUCAAACGGCCGCCGGGCAAAUCCCUCAAACAGACCUGCCUGGCCACCGUUAGAUCUCCAGCGCCGGACCAUGGAGUCGCACACAUCCAACCACUCAGGCUGAGAUGACCGCAGAUUGCUUUCUCUUUCUCAUUCUCGUUCGCUUUCUCUAUCGCUCUCGAUUUAUAUGUUUGUUUCUCUUUCACUGCUGCUCUGCCGUCCAGUUUCCGCAUCCUUGCGUCACAUCUAGACUAAGACUUAUUAGGCUUAAGCAUUCCAUGUGCAACUUGGCAACGUUCGUCUUUAGACUUAAGAUAGAAGAGUACACAGAAAGCGUACAGCUUGACUUAUGUUAUAUAUACCGAUAACUGAUAACUGAUUACUGAUUACCGAUUUCUAACUAUGCGUGGAUUAAUAUUAACUUUUAUUUAACAGCUUAAAAUAUUGUGCAGCUUAACAAUAAUAAUUUCAUUUUCAUAAAUGUAUUCGACUUUAAUUGAUCCAAAUAAAUCUGCCUGGCUGGGUGAGUUGCAAGAUG